UAUUAUAUUUUUACCCAAGGUUAAAGACGAUGUCCUCUUCUUUCAAGCAGAUUGCAAAUACAAUUGCAAUAUGCCAAGUACAUAGUCUAUAUUAAGCCACCUGGGAGAACUUAGCUAACCUAACAGUUCUCUGCUCUCUGUAAUUUCUAUGCAAUUGUGACUUUCUCUCACCCUUCAAGUCAACAUGGAGUCAGUAAUUAUUCUAAGCACCUGGAACUGGGAGAGAUGGUGAGGAGGAAUCAAGAGGAAGAGUAAACCUAAUACCAAAAAUUGCAUACCAACAUCUGAGUAUCAUCAUGAAUAAUUAGUUAGCUUUUCCACAUGUCUUAGAAGUUCCAGCAAGCACCUAAGAAACAUGGUAGGAAUCCUAAUUUCUCUCAGAAAAAAAAUCAGAGGUUUUAUUGUAAUAUCAUUCCUCAGUUUCUCUUAGACUUUCAGCUACGUAGCCAGUCUGUUAGUAUAAUGAUAAUUUAACAGGUCUUAAGUAGAUGCCUGGGGUGGGGAAAAGGUAGAGGAAAGCUAAAUAACCAAAUAAAUCUGUGUCUAAUGAGAGCAAAUUGGCUAAAUAGGGUGUUAUCAGCUGUUUGAUAUAGAGCCGAUAAAAAUCAUCUUCAGCUAGGCAUCGUUGAGGCCUGAUGACAGGAACAGUGCCAGUCCACCCACACACCUAAAAUUUAUUUAAGAGCCCAAGCUAGGGUCUUCCUGACUUUCAGGAAGAAGACUGGCAUGGGGAAAUGUGUUCCUCCCUAGUUCUUACAAGCCAUGGCACUUUCCAGCAAAUUCCUCCUUUGGUUUUGCUGUUCUGCCUGGCUGUGUGUUCCUAGUUGCCUUGGUUCUCAGGCUUCUAGGGGAGAAGCUCAGAUUGCAGCUAGCGCUGAGUUGGAAUCUGAGGCUGAGCCUUGGUCCUCGCCGCAGCCUGCAGAUGGGAGCGACGGGUCUGGCCUCCUUCUCCCUCUUCUCAAAGUCCUGUCCGAUGGGCGAGGUGGGGCACCUAGGCUGCAGCCAGACUCCAGAGCCUUGCGCUACAUGAAGAAGCUCUAUAAGGCAUAUGCCACUAAGGAAGGGAUUCCCAAAUCCAACAGAAGUCACCUCUACAAUACUGUUCGGCUCUUCACCCCCUGUGCCCAGCACAAGCAGGCGCCUGGAGACCAGGUGACAGGAGCGCUUCCGGCGGUGGACCUGCUGUUUAACCUGGAUCGUGUUACUGCUGUGGAACACCCACUCAAGUCAGUCUUGCUGUACACCGUCAACAACUCAGUUUCUUUUUCCUCUGCUGUUAAAUGUGCGUGCAACCUGGUGAUAAAGGAGCCAGAGUCUUCUGGCAAGAGUCUCCCUGGAGCUGCGCACUCCUUUACCUUUAACUCACGGUUUGAAUUUGGCAAGAAACACAAAUGGGUUGAGGUUGAUGUGACCGCCCUCCUCCAGCCUCUGCUGGCCUCCAACAGGCAGAUUCACAUGUCUGCAAGUUUCACGUGCACGCGGGCCGGGCGGCAGCGGCCCCCGGCGCAGGAGGGUCGGGUCGACGUGGCUCUCGCGGCGCCGCCCGCGCUGAUCUUGUACCUGAACGACACGGGUGCUCAGGCGCGACACGGCCCGUCCCCCGCGGACAGCGCCGGGCGGCCUUCGCAGGGUCCUGCCCCGCAGAGCAACCUGCCCGCCUGUCCCCGCGGGGAAGAGGCUGCCGAGGAUGGGAGAUUUUCCCGCCACCGGAGAGGUCAGGAAACCGUCGUCUCUGAAUUGAGGAAACCCCUGGCUCCGGCUUCCCUCAACCUGAGCGAAUACUUCAAGCAGUUUGUUUUCCCCCAGAACGAGUGUGAGCUCCACGACUUCAGACUCAGCUUUCGCCAGCUGAAGUGGGACACCUGGAUCGUGGCCCCGCACAGGUACAACCCUCGGUUCUGCAAAGGGGACUGUCCGAAGGCCGCGGGGCACCGCUACGGCUCCCGGGCCCACACCACGGUGCAGAACAUCAUCCACGAGACGCUCGACCCCUCGGUGCCCAGACCCUCGUGCGUGCCGGCCGAGUACGGGCCCCUGAGCCUGCUGACCGUGGAGCCCGACGGCUCCGUUGCUUAUAAAGAGUACGAGGAUAUGAUAGCGACUAAGUGCACCUGUCGUUAACGCGUGCUCCAAACUGCGACCUGGGGCCUGACAGAUCCAGUGUCGUGUGCCUGUCCGCGCCUGCAGGAGGAAGCUCCGCGUGUCACAUCUCAGUAAAAUGCAGCGCACGUGGCACGGGACGGGCCUGCGUAGAUGAGCACGUGCUGUGACAGCUGUCGGUGCAGAGGGAUGAGGGCAGUUGUUGGCGCUGAACCUUUAUUUCCUUUACUUUGAGUAGCUUUGAGUUUUUUUCCCUGGCCUUUUUUUCAGAGGAGUCUUAUUCUUGAUGGAAAAAAAUUCUUAGCAUAAAUCUUAGAAUUAUAGCUAUAAAUAGACAAUUCAGAGCACUAUAGUCUUAUUUAAGGGAAGAAUAAAUUCUUAUC